CCUCAGCGCCCCCCCCCCCCCCAUCCCCUCACAGCCUCCCCCUCGCAGCCUCCUGCUUCUUCUUCUUCUUCUUCCUCCCUCCUCCUCCUCCUCCUCCGCCGCAGCCGCCGCCCUUGAUGUGGUGCGGGGCCGGCCGGGGGACAAGAUGCCGCCGUCCAAGUCCCGCAAGAUCGCGAUCCUGGGCUACCGGAGCGUGGGAAAAUCUUCACUGACGAUUCAGUUUGUGGAAGGGCAGUUCGUUGAUUCAUACGAUCCAACCAUAGAGAACACUUUUACAAAAUUGAUCACAGUAAAUGGCCAAGAAUAUCAUCUUCAGCUGGUUGACACUGCUGGCCAAGAUGAAUACUCCAUAUUUCCUCAGACGUACUCCAUAGACAUCAAUGGCUACAUUCUUGUUUAUUCAGUCACGUCAAUAAAAAGUUUUGAAGUGAUAAAAGUUAUCCAUGGCAAGUUAUUGGAUAUGGUGGGAAAAGUCCAAAUACCCAUUAUGCUGGUUGGAAAUAAAAAAGACCUGCAUAUGGAACGGGUGAUCAGCUAUGAAGAAGGGAAAGCUUUAGCAGAAUCCUGGAAUGCAGCUUUCUUGGAAUCUUCUGCUAAAGAAAAUCAGACUGCCGUUGAUGUUUUUAAGAGGAUAAUUUUGGAGGCAGAAAAAAUCGAUGGGGCAGCUUCACAAGGGAAGUCUUCAUGCUCAGUAAUGUAAUUCCACUGCAAAAUCUGAAAACACUGGGAAUACAUUCUACCUGAAGAAGCAAAACUGCCCAUUAUCUUUAAGGAUAAACUAUGCUUCUUUUUUUUUUUUUAAUUUUAUUUUUAUUUUUUUCUUCUGUUAACCUGAAAGAUAAACAGUUGGUUUGGAGCCUUUCCCUUCAGAUUAUGUUAAACUCUGACUCCUGUGCAAAUGGCUUCACUUCCAUUUUCAAAUUUUAAGCAAUCAUAUUUUCAAUUUAUAUAUUGUAUUUCUUAAUAUUAUGACCAAGAAUUUUACUGGCAUUAAUUUUUCAGUGUAGUUUGUUGGUUAGAAUAAUCAUCAAAAAUGAUGCAUAUUGUUACACUACUAUUAACUAGGCUUGGAUAUCAGUGUUUCUUUGUGUUAAAUGUAUACUUGUAAAUAAAAUAGCUGCAAACCUUAAUGUUCUGUUCAUAAUUUUUUGUUAGUUGCCCCAUGUCAGCUUGCUUUUAUGAGAAAUGUUCACCUACUGGCCUUAAGAGGAAGUGUGGGAUCCUUGGAACCAAUGGAUUGACUCUUGCUUAGGCAAUCCCAACCACUUUUUUUUUUUGCUACUAGAACUCCAGGGUGGCCAAAUAGCUCAGCUGUAUUUUGUGCCCGUUGAUGGAAAGGAGAUGCAAGGGGACACCUUGGUCUGAUGUGGAAGGGAAGACUUGGAUUUUGGCAGCCAACCCACGCUGUUUUUUUUUUCUUUGUGUAACUGUAAGAGCUGUGGAGGAAAGGGCACGCAGCUGUCCCAAGGAACAGGCCAGUACGCACCUGCACUGCAGACUGCUCCCGUCGCCUUGUAACUAGGAGCACUUUCAGGAUGGAGUGGAUUUAUCCAGGUUACACGUGUAGACUUGCUAAGGAAACAAAAAUGUCACUUAAAAUAAAUUGCACGUCUUGAACAAA